CAAAAUUCCACAAAAGACAACCCACAACCCACAAGCAACAAGCGACACUUGACAACCAACAACACCAUGAAAUCCUAUUGCCUAGCUUCGUUCCUCGCCGGCCUUGCCGCCACCGAAGCCUUCCAAUCGAAAUCGCUUCCGUCCGCAAAGACCUCGUCGUCGAGCCUCUUCUCCACCGAGGCCCCCAAGGUCUAUUCGAAAUCCCUCCCGUUCCUCGAGCAGCCGCCGGCCCUCGACGGGACCUAUGCGGGCGACGUCGGGUUCGACCCCCUCAACUUUGCCAAGGACGACAAGUGGCUCAUGAACAUGCGGGAGGCCGAGAUGAAGCACGCGCGCCUCGCGAUGCUGGCCGCCGCCGGAUGGCCGAUCAGCGAGCUGUGGGACCGAACCCUGGCCGACGCCCUGAACCUCCCCUCCGUCCUCGACGAGGCCGGCCGUGUCCCCUCGGUGCUGAACGGGGGCAUGGGGAAAAUCCAGGUUGCCUACUGGUUGUUUGUUCUGCUCCUCGGAUCCGCCGUCGAAGCCUACGGACUCACCAAGGUCAACGAGGCGGGGUACGUUCCCGGGGAUUUCCAGAUCGAUCCCCUGAAGCUGACCAAGGAGGACAACGCCGUUUCGAAGUGGGUGAAGCUCGCAGAGAUCAAGAACGGACGCCUGGCGAUGGUAGCCAUCACGGCUUACGCCCUGCUAGAAUUUGUGGAGCAGAAGCCCGUCGUGGAAUCCUUCUCGUUUCUGUUUUAAGCGGUUUUGAUAACUCUAGAAGCUGCGGCUUCCCAACAAGAUGCAUCAGUCAACAAAGACAAAGUAAAUCUGUAACAUUAUU